UGGACAUCUCCGGGCAGAAAGGAGGAGCCACGAACGCAGGGCUGAACAAAAAGGUGAGGUCGUCUGACAUUUGCCUCAGACGCAGAUGCUGACACUCACCAACAGGAUAUAAAGACAGGAACAUACGAGGACUCAAGGAAGAAUAAACGUCUUUAGGAGGAUUAAAAGUUCAGGCAAUGAAGAAGAGAUUUGGCUGCAGGAUUUUUUCAGCCUGUGAUUAACUUUUCCCUGCAAGCUUCAAUGGAGAACAUCAGUGCCGCCCCCUACGAGCCCACUGAGGCCUGCAGAGCCGCAAACAGGGCGCUCUACAACUUCUACGCAACCGUCACCAUCGUGAUCUUCACCCUGGCUUUGCCCCUGAACGCGUCUGUGCUCCACCUCUUCAUUUUCAAGCUCAGGUUUUGGAAGUUAAACACCAACAACAUCUUCCUCUUCAACCUGGUCCUGGCUGACGUGCUCCUGCUCUUCUGUUUGCCCAUGAAGGCGUAUAACUUCACCAACGGAUACAGAAGGAGUGUUAACGAGGUGCUCUGCAAAGCUACGCUCUUCAUGUUGUUCUUGAACCGCGGCGCCAGCAUCGCCUUCCUCACGGUCACGUCCAUCGAUCGAUAUUUCAGCGUGGUGCAUCCGGGGCGGAAGAAUCUCGUGAAAGCUCUCAAGAAGUUCCCUGAGAUCUCGAUCCUCAUCUGGCUCCUUCUUCCGCCUCUGACUAUUCCCACCAUGGUCACGAACUUUGAAUGCUGCAACACCCACAAACACGAGAAGCAUGAUACUCUGAUCAAGGAUGUGCUGGACAGCAUGAGGGAGGUGGUGUUCUUCACGCAGGUCCUGGUUCCCUUUGUGAUCCUCACCUACUGCACGGUGCACAUCAUCAACCGGCUCAGGAGGAGGACUGUUGGGGACACGGCCAAGCUGAGGAGAGCCGUGUUCCUGGUGAUGUCUGUGAUGGUGGUCUUCUCCUUCUGCUUCCUGCCCUGCGCCGUGGCCAGGAUGGUUCUCCUCGUUGUCAAAGUGCAGGAGCUGAGUGAGUCCGAGCAGGAGAAGGCUGUGGUCGCCUUCGACGGCCUCAUGGUCCUCUCCUUCAUGGACUGUCUACUGGACCCACUGGUCUACUGCUUCUGUAGCACCAAGUUUAAAACUCUUUACUUCUCCAAUUAUUUCCCGUUUUUAGUGAAAAGACCUUCGAUACCGUUAAAUAGCUCUGUGGGGAAAACUAUGCAACCCGUAUGCAGCAAUGCCACUUAAACUCAUGGACAGUUUGUGUAAAGCGUGGAAGUUGUGUCGUGGCUUAGAACUAGACAUUUUAUUUGACUGGAGGCUUUUACAGACUGAUGAAAUAUGGGCAGUUUGCAGCUUUACCACUGCCAGGCUAGCGUGCACUUUAAAUAAAUCACUACUCUUCCUUUUA